AUGUGCAACAGGCCCCGUUGCAGCGGAGGCUAUCCUCUGCGGGUGUCCGCAUCGAUGGAAGAUGGCUCCACGAAGGUGGAGCCGCAGGAGCUGAACCCAGAGUUCAUCCGGAAGAUGCUGCAGCGUAUGGAUUACGGCGUCUUGGUGGAGGCUGCGCGUUCGCUUGGAACUAAUCUGCCCGAGAGUUACAGCGACGCUGACCUGGAAUCCGAGGAGUUCAUCGCACUGGUACAUCGCUCCAUCCUCGAGACUCACGUUCUAAAGGGCACGCUCACCUGCCCCAAAUGCGAGCGAGUUUACGAGAUAAAUAACGGGAUCCCCGAUAUGCUCCAUUGCGAUGGCGGAGAGUAG